AUGGGCCAGCUGAAGAUCAUCGGAGCAGGGUACGGCCGAACAGGCACCCUGAGCCUCUGCAGGGCCCUCGAUAUACUGGGGUACUCGUGUCAUCAUAUGGAAAAGAUGCUCCUCGACGACACCCAAGAUCCAGCCUUGUUCCAGGAAGCCUAUCAGUCCAACUCCAAGCCCGACUGGGACCACAUGUUCCGCGGAUACGACGCAGCCGUUGACUGGCCGGCGGCCGCCUUUUGGGAGGACUUGAUGAAGCAGUAUCCCGACGCCAAGGUGAUUCUGACGGUGCGGGAUCCCGAAUUGUGGUACAAAUCUGUCGGAAACACAAUCCAGGACUGGCCGAUGGAGGACAGCUCCGCCUGGCCAGACAAGAUGAUGAGAUCCCGGAAGAUGGCCCGGGCCAUUGUCAAGGAAGGGGAGCUGAAGCUCUACGCAGACAAGCAGGCGAUGAUCGAACAGUUUAAGCAGCAUAUUGCCUACGUGUGCGCAACGGUCCCACGGGAUCGCCUGUUGGUUUUUGAACCCUCGCAGGGAUGGGAACCUAUAUGCAACUUUCUCGGUGUUGACCCCCCACCGGGAGUUCCUUACCCUCACCUCAACAAGGGAACCCUUUUCAAGGAACGGUUGAUACAGGUCAGGGAUAAACUCAGGGAACAGUUAAACAAAGCGUAA